UGCAAAAAAGCCAGUGGAAAUUACUGUAUGAAGUCAAGAAAGACUGAAUAGAUCUAUUUCCCCGCGUGAAACAAAGGAAACCUAUCAGAAGUUUCUCACCCAACUGUGAUUUUUACGACUGUUUGUAACUUGAAGCAGUGGAAGGCGGACUUGUAGAUUUUAGCGUUACCACGUUGCGUCGUUUCCGUGACUUCAGUAUUAAAUUCAUUUCCAAUGAUGAACGGUAUUGCUCAGUCUGAUUUUGAACAAUUCUUGAAUCUACAUGAAGAUCAACUGAUAGCAAGUGGAAUACCUGGUCACUUUUGGUAUCGAUUACAUGAAAAACUUGUUCAUGAAAUAUAUGAUGCGAGUACAUGUGUCAUGAUGCAACAGAUUGAGUAUACAGAUGAGAGUGAUGGUGAUGAUGAUAAUAAUGAAGAUAGUGACAAAGAUUCAACUGGUGUUCAUCGACAAUGGGAUAUUGUAGUCAGUGCUGAAAAAGUUUCAUCAUCUGACAGUAAUAAUAUAUUCUUGGUUGAUCAUGCAUGGACAUUUGAAGCAGGAUCUAUGCGACAAAGUCUGUUUGCACUUCCUAAUCUCUUACAACGUAUGGCUUCAUUAAUGGAUAUUGUACACUCGACAACAGACCAACAAAAUGAAGAGAUUAUUUCAGAAAUUAGCAAAACAGUAUGGAAAUUUUGUCGACAUUAUAAAUUAUCAGCGCAACAGAAUGCUGCCCUAUUGUCACAGAUACCGGAAUUACAACAUCUUAUGUGGUAUGUGCUUGAUGAAGUUGGAUCGCGUAUUCAACAUUCUGAUGAACCUACAGCUCGUAUGGUCCCAUUCUAUUAUGUUCCACGAAAUCUCUGUUAUUCCAUCUUCUGGUUUGUUACCGACCUCCAAGAAGGUGACAGUGUAACUGUUGACUACAUAGAGCAUAUAAAAGACGCUGAAUUACGACCUUACUACUUACUACCCUGGCAACCAGUAGAUUUUUCUAGUAAACCAGUUGAACAUACUUACGUAUUGACAAAUGAAUUUUUCACAUCACAUCGAAUACAAGAAACACUGCCUGUAGCGUGUCGAUCUGAGGAGAUAAUUGAACGGGAGACACUAUGUGUCUAUGCAGAUUUAGAACAAGUUAAAAAGUAUUUAACUCAUCCGCGGUUUACUUUUGUCGAUUCACCGGAGAAAGCUGAUAUUUUAUGGAUGCAUGAACAUUUCAAAGAAUUUGAACGUUUAUCUAUAGAUCGCCCAAAUACAUUUGUUAAUCAAUUCCCUGGGGAAAGUAUUCUCACUGUUAAAGAUCUAUUGGCAAGUUUAGCAGCAAUAUUAGCAAAAGAUAGCUAUGAACUAUCUGGUCAAUCGAAUAACACAAAUGAUAAUAAUAAUAAUAUCGAUGAAAAACUUUCAACACCAUGGUAUCCGAUUACAUUUAAUUUAGUCUAUGAGCUUCCACAGUUUUGUUCGUAUUUUCAAUCAAAAUGUAAUGAAAUCGGUAAUAACAAAGAUGAAGAGACGACAAGUACGGAAAAAAAUUUAUGGAUAUUGAAACCAUGGAAUCUUGGCCGAGGCUUAGGCAUAAUUAUUACAGAUAAUCUUGAUAGAAUUAUUAAGACAUGUGAUACUAACCCAAUGAUUGCUAGUCGAUAUAUCACUGAUCCUGUUCUAUUUUAUCGUGAUGAUUUACAAGCUAAUGUGAAAUUUGAUAUUCGUUAUAUAGUGCUGUUGCAUUCUGUUAAACCAUUAACUCUAUUCGCCUACAAAGUAUUUUGGCUUCGAUUUGCAAACAAACCGUUUAUUUUACAGGAUUUCGAUGCCUACGACAGACAUUUCACAGUGAUGAAUUAUCGUGCUGCUGACAAUUUGAAACAAAUCCAUUGUGAUGAAUUUAUUGAACUAUUCAAUAAACAAUAUCCAGACUAUCAGUGGUCAAAUGUCGAGCGAAAAAUACAUCAACUUCUUGUGGAAAUCUUUCAAGGCGCUACAAAAUAUCCUGCUCCACGUGGUUUAACGCAUAAUUGUCAGUCACGUGCAUUGUAUGCCGUUGAUUUACUUUUAGAAUGGCGUCCACUAACGUCAUCAACACUUCCAAGUACUUCAUUAACAUCAGAAAGAAAGAAAGAUAUCUUUCCUGUCGUAUGUGAAGUCAAUUUUUCACCAGAUUGUGAAAGAGCUUGUCGUUAUCAUCCAGACUUUUUCAAUGAUGUAUUCUCAUGCCUGUUUCUUAAUCAAUCACCUGAAUUAUGUAAUAUCAACAAAUUAACAUAAUUUUGAUGUGACCUUUGAAGUAACUAUUUGUGUGCCAGUUAAUUGGUUUAUUGUAAUGUUUUUCCUGUAUCUGUAGCUCUGAAACUUGAUUUAUUUAGUUGUGUGAAUAGAUUGGCCUUUUUACAAUCAGUGGUUGAUUUUCGCGUUAGUCAACAUAAGCUUCAUUUAUAGAUACUAACACAGUCGUUUGUUGUCCCUCCAGUCGAGAUUCGGUCUUAGGUACACCUUCUUUCAGAGGACUACACUUCUUGAAACAGGCCGGGUGUGAGGCCAGAUAAUCGCCAGCGAUGACAUGGCUAGCGCCGAUCGCGCGUUUAUCGUGCAUGUAUUGACAGAAUUUGGAAUUCAUGUGCUAGCCAUUGAGCAGUUGGGUACUAAUGGUUUAAUGGUCUACGAUCUAGCUUGACUUGUAACCUAAAGUUCCUGGGUUCGAAUCAUGGCAGCGGGUUAGGUGCGUACUGUUGAAGGUACUCCAGAUAGCUGUCCAGUACUCCCGGAUUUUCCAGUGGUUCUCUAACUGAUAUCAGCUCGUGAUGAAAUCCUCCAUCCAAUCUAAAUCCCUACGAAACCAAUACUAAAAAUUCCAAAGAACGCUUGAUUGAUGCCUGUCGAUCAUCACCUGCUUAGGUCUGUUCUGUGUGUAUAUGUACAGAAAAGCUUAACAUUAGUGAGAGUCAUCCGGUAAAGGAAGGAAGUUGACACCCUAAUAUAAUAUAUGCUCGGUAAAUUGGAUAAUCAACUUACUUACUGGACCAGUAAAUUGUACGAUUUCAUCCACAUACCCGAUAGUAUUCUACCCGGUUAGCUAAUGAUGUUGACAUCUUCACAUGAUGAGUGAUUCGUAAUCUGCAAUCACAAAGUAGCUCCCUGUCGAUUGGAUCAUAAACAUCAAUUAUUACUUCUAAUGUCUCUCAACUUGUGUUUAACCUGUUUUAUAAAGUCGAAAUGUUCAACUUCCUAUCAAUCAGGAAAAAUGUAUGACUGAAAUAUGGAAAAUAGAAGCAGAUGUGGAAAGAUUCCAUGCUAGGUGUGUUCGUCUUAUUAUUUAUCUAAUUCAUUUACACUCCGAGUGGAACAUACGGCUUCAAUCUAUAGCUUUUAAGUUUUUCGAUAGCAGCAGUUUUAUUUUUAUGGGGUUGGGUUGCUAGUGCGACGCUCAACCUUCCUUCUCUACUGGCUUUGCUGCCAGUUUAGCGAGGUUUAGUCGUGCGUCAUAGGGGGAUCAAUCCCCGAACCACGUGUGGCAUGGUUGGUGACCUUUCUACUGCUGAGCCACCAAAGCACAAAUGUGAUUGUGUUGUGUUGCGCAAAUCAAAAAAUGACUAAUCUUGUGGUCGAACUUUAGACGAAUAGCUAGAAUCGUUCGGAUGUGAAUAUGAAUGUCUACCACAACUUUACGUUUCUUGCAUACCAAUUCUACAGUAUUCCACUAAGUGCUAAAUUCAAAAGGAAGAAAGCUGUUAGUAAUCAAGGGAAAUGAUAUAGCCUAUGGGUUAUACAGUCCUCCUUAGUGUGUGUUCAUAGAUUUAGUAGCUGAUGGCGAUAUAUGAUACUGGUUGAAAUCAGCGGCUAGAGAGAGAGAGAGAGAGUCGAUUUCGGCAUAUUUUCUCUCUCCUUCCUUUCAAUCCACUGCUAUGAUAAGCGGUGAGGGUAUGCAGACGUGCUGUUCCCACUGCAUCGAUUUCCUCACCUUAUUUACUCAGUGUGUUGUUUGCUGAGAAUUUAUUUCUUCAAACCAGAACCCUAGUAUGAGUUCAAACUAUGCACCAAUAAUCUUUUAACGAUAUUAUUAAUAAUCCUUCUUUAUUGCUUAUCUACCACAUUCAUAUUUUAUGGCCGUAACAAUUGAACUUUGUACCCUUGUAUUUUUGUAUUCGUACACAUGUUUGCCUUACACCAAAUCAAAUACCCAUCCAACAAUCAAUCCUACGGAUGUAGGACUCACCACUUUUCUUUCUGUCGCGAUUAGUUUGUCAUUGACCUGCUACAUUUCGAAACUAUUAUUGAUGCCAUAUUCACGUUGAGUGAAUCAAGCAUUUCAAUAUGUUUCAUUGAAGAUAAGUGGUAAAU